AUGAACGCCUCUCGCACGCGGCUGCGGUGGGGGGCGGCGGAGACGAGGGAUCUGAUCGCGGCGAGGGCGGCGGCGGAGGCGGAGGGGGAGGAGAAGUGCAAGUGCAAGUGCAAGUGGAAGAGCCUCGUCCAUCCAUGCAAUUGCAAGGCGAGCUCUCACAUCCCCUCCUCCUCCUCCGAAAGAGUCCAGAAUUCACCGGGAAAAGAGACGUCGGAUGCCGAUAACGUCGAUGAGCCGGCGACGAACAUGCGACGCCCUCACCUUGCUGUUGAAUCCUGUGCCUCCGAUCCGAAUAAGAAACUAAAGAGGCCGUCCGAAGAUCGAUCGUUCGAUGAAUUCUUAGAAGAUGAAGAUGAAGAAGAAGAAGAGAAUGGCAAUCACGACGGCCCCGCUCGAAGCACGAAGACGAGGGUCGCGAGGGGGGCAAAGUUACUGAUUGGCGACAGAAGCAUUGUUGAUGUGUUGCGAGAGCUGAUGGAGUGGCAACAGAAGGCGGAGAAGCGGUGGCGGGAGGAGAUGGAGAGGAGCGUGGAGGAGCGGCUGAUGCUGGAGCGGGCGAUGCGGGAGAGCGAGGAGCAGGUGAGGAUGAGGGAGGAGACCCGGGCGGAGAAGCGCGACGCGCUGCUGAACACANUCCGAAUAAGAAACUAA